AUUUUGAUUGGCUAAUGAGACCUUCAUUGUGACUUUCCGCCUCUCCUUGGGUAUCUGUUUUGGCGGUUUAAGCAAAAUGGUGGUGCUCUUAACGGCGACGGUAUUAACUGAAACCUCCCCUGCAAGGACCUGAAAGGGUUCGCGGCCUCGGAGUGGCAAUAGGGGAGCUUUAUGGGGUGGUACCGAAAAAACUCUUCUUGAAAGCGAGAAAAGAGUUUUGAGGCGUAGCACCAUCACCACUUAUCAGUUUUCUGUGGAUAGCUGGUUGCGUUUUAUUGCCAUCCCACCCCGGUCCUGGGUUUUGAGGAUACGUGCAAACCGUUUAAUUGGGCUGAUCUGGUUGCAUUGCUGAGAUGAGCGCGCCCCUUUCGCUUUCUUCUUGGGAGAAAGACCAUCUCUGGCUUUAUCUUUUGGCUCUGGGCUUCGACGCUGGAGAAGCCGCCGCCGGGAAAAUUUCCACCCAUCUCCGCCUGGGCGUGAACUUAUUUGAUAAACCAAACAAAGAUGCAUUUCAUAUCGUUGCAUACUUCUUGUUUUCAAAGCUAGACCAGUCCCAUUGUAACGAUAUCUUCAGAUUAUGUUUUCCUCCAACAGAUAAAAAGGCAGACUCUGAAUUCAGGAAGCAUAGCUGUGAAUUGCUAAGAAGAAUUUCAGAUGAAUGUGGGAACAGCUUUCCUCCAGUUGUUGCAUCUUUAUUCCUCUCACCUGGUGGUCCUAAGUUCAUUCAUCUAAUGUACCACUUUGCAAGAUAUGUAUUGAUGCAUCAUAUUAAAGCAGAUUCUGCAGAUGCCAGCAUGCACUAUCCAGAAGCAGUGAAUUCAAGACCUCUGGACUUUAAUAUUGCAGUUGCAAAAUAUCGUGUGGCACAAAACAGAUUUUUACAGAAUCUACAAAAGGAAGAUUUAAUAAUCCAAGAACUGCAGAAAAAAGCACAGCUUUUUGGUAAACGAAUCAGAGAUUUAAGAUUUGAAAAUGCAGAUCUGGACAAGCAGCUCCAAAAAAUGGAAAAAAAGAUUGAUCAAAACCAGAGUAAUACAGAGGAGAGAGUUGAAAAGGUUCGCUGUUUAUGGGCAUUGAUCAUGGAAACACUUACACUUCUGCAAAAAGAAAGAGAAGUUGUAGAUUCAGUUGUCAAAGGUCAUGUUGACCAGUAUGUAUUAGAUGGCACAAGUGUUGCUAUUAACGUUCCAAGAUCUCUUCUUGAAAAAGUUGAAAAGGAAAUGCACGAAUUUCAUGUAGGGAAUGUCUAUGAAGAAGGAAAACUAAACAUUUUAACUGUCAUCCAGUUACUAAACAAAGCCUUGGAAAUGUUGAUGCAUUCGCACCGGCACAUUGACAAGAAUGCACUAAAAUUGGAUCUUCAGUACAUUGAAGGAAAGACGAAAUUCCAGAAUGAUACUUUACUGGGGCUUAAGUCACUGAGGCAAAAAUUAAAACGUGAGGAUCGUGUUUCAAUAAACCAGUCAAUUGCUGAAAAACAACAAGAAUGGGAUAUGAAGUGGGAAAACUAUCUUGGCCAAUCACCUUUUCAUUUAAUUAAAGAUCCAAAUCCUGCACUUGACUUAUUGCCAGCUAUGUCUCCCCUUUCUUUUACUCCUGCUACUGAGGAAGCUUAUAAAAGCAGUGUCUUCUGCCAGUACCCUGCAUCAAUUCCAGACACUACUAAAAAGAAGAAUUUUCAGAAGAACAUAUUUGAGAUACCUGGUAAAGCAUCAGGAAGUCAAGAUGGUUCAACUAUGGUAACUGCAGAGAGGAUAGUUAUGUCCUCUUCUAAUCUAGCUGCAGAGUCCGAAAACAGAAAACACAGAUCUUUACAAAAGAGAUCAAAUACUGAAGCUCCCAAGAGAACAGAUCACUCUAGUUAUCAGAUCUUAAAAUAUAAAGGAAGAAAUCCUAGACUUGUGGAAACUGUAAAGAAAAAAACAACUGAUGUAUUUAAAACACCACCUUCUGUUAAAAGAGAAGAUCCUCUUAAGAAGGCACAAGAACAACUGGCAGAACAGGUGGCAGAUGUAGUAGUAUCUCAUUCACCCCAGAGCACUCAAGGGAAAGGAAAGGAGAUGGAGGACCUGAUUGGCACCUUAAUCUCAGAUCCCUUCUUAACAAGGAAACAGAUUCCACGGACUCCAGAAAAUCUGAUUACUGAAAUUAGGAGCUCCUGGAAAAAAGCUAUACAGGCUGAAGAAUCCUCAAGUAUAGAACUGAAUCAUACUGAAGUGACAAAAGAUGCAUCAGUCCCUGCCUUUAGAAACCGAAUGGAUUCAAGUAUGGCAUGCUUUAUGUCUUCAUGCAUAUCUGAUACCGCAGAAUCUCCCUUUCUGGAAGUGCAGUCUCCAUUUAGUUUCCAGCAGGCGGUUACUAGACAUGGUGAAUUGCCAACGCAACAAGCAGCUGCUGGGACACUGGAUGAGAUGUUUAGCGAGCAAGGAUUAGCAUGUACAGUUUCAGACAAAUGUGUAACAAAAACUCUAGAGCUUGGCCUCAAGACUGUAAAUAAACAUGUGACUGAGCCAGAUUGCAGUCCAGAGAACGGUAUUGCAACAGAGACUUUAUCACCUUAUGUGAGUCAGAAUUCUUCUAUGUGUACAACUCUGCCAUGGGAUGGUUCUCAGAUUGUAAGUGGAAUUAGUUCUGAUAGCCAUGAAGUUAUCCAAUUGGGCAUACUUCAAGAAACCCUCCCGGAGGAAGGAGGAUCCAUAAGUCUUAAUAGUUUUAAUGAUUUUGAAUUGGAUGAAGUAAGAGAAGAAAACUCCAGGGACGACAAAGUUUUGCCAGACUGUGUGGGAGAAAAUGAGCGCAAACUGGAUUUUCAGUCCAUACGAAGCAGAUAUGAAGCACUGAAACAGACUGUUCUUGAAAACUCAUUGUCUUCUAAAAAGCAAAUCCCAAGGUGCAGAUCAGAGUUUAGUCUCUCUCCAGUGAGCCUGGAAACUAAUUGUGUGCUUACUCCUUUGGGAAAGCCAUAUGCAUCAGACGCAGAACUUAAGAAGAUACCAUCGCACAUGAUUCAUCUUGAAACAAAGGUCCUUCUCUCCCCUCUAGUUGCGUUUUCUCCAGUACAACAGAGAAAGCAGUCAAGCUCACAGGAUCGAGGAGAUCUAUUUAAUAAAUUGAAGGAAAAGUAGCAUGGAGCUGGAUGCAAAAGAAUCCUCAUCUAUAAAGAUUUGUAAAGAUGAAACCAUUCCUCGGUUUUAUAAUGAUGCACUAACUUUGGAAGUAUCACUUACAUAUGUCACUUUUACCUGAAGUACUUUUGUAAACCUUACACUUUAAUUUAGAUGUUGGUGUCAACUAAUGCAAACCCUGGCUUAGUUUGUUGCACAGUAUCCUUGAUGAUAAAUUCUCUUCUGUUUUGACUAAUCAAGAGAUGCUGAGGAAUUCACGCCAUUUGAGACUGUCACAAGCAUGGCAUUUUAAUGUUAAGGGACUGAAACAACGAAUCUGAUAAUUGAAAUGUCUAAACAGAUAAUAGUGCAUUCCAAGUCCAAUUUUGACAGAUAAAUCUUACUCUAACUUUUUAAACACGUGUAUCUAAUGAAAUGUUCUUGUAAAUAAUUGGCUAAGCCAAUUGCCUAUUCAUAUUUCAACUUUUUCCCUUGUGGGAAUCUAGAGAAGUUUAAGAAUAGUCUUAAUUACUUAUACAGAUGUUUUUAUAUUUCUCUACUGUGUUUUCUCUUAAUAUUUGCUGUUGCAAGAUGCUCCCCCUAACAGGUUAUCAUGAAAAAUGAACACAGUCUUGCUGAUGUCUCUUUUUAGUCAUGUAUGUGAAUAUCCAUGUCUCUGCUGUCACCUCUACAAACCCUGUCUACUUCGUUACAGUGCAAUGUAGAAACUACCCCUUCAGACUCUGCAUAGCAUUCCAAUAGGCAUAAAGUAAAAUGAUGGAGUGACUGCUGAGGAUGCAGCUUUUCCACUUCAUUCUACUUUAACUGACUUUAGAUAAUGCUGCCAUUGAUGUUAUUGAGCUAUAGAGAUACAAAAAUUAGGGGUAGUGGGUAUUUAAGAACUAAUCUCAUAAGGAGAGCUUACUUUGUUAGAACUCAUUUGCCUAAACAACAUGGUCAUGUAGGAAGAACUGAAUUCUAAUAACGAAUGUCUUGUCUUACAACUGUUUGCCUUAAAAUAUUUAUUAAAAUAAAAUGUAUUACUUUUUGAAAAGAAAAAUGAUUAACGUACUAAAAAAGAAGUAAAUUUAUUCAAGUCUAUGUGAGCGGUCCAACUUGUAUGUUAUACCUGUUUAUUUUCUUUCCUCCUCCAGCUUAUGGAUAGUGGUCUGUUCAUCUGAGUAGUGUAGCUUCUGAACUGGUAAAUUAUUACUUAAUUAACUGUAUUCUGUGGAGUUUCUCUGGUAACAGAAGUAGCAUUGUCACAGCAUGCAAGUUAAUUGCCUUCUUGCAUUUUAUAUUGCAGCAUUCAGACUGCAGGUCGGGAAGUGGGGCUGCCAGAAAUUAAGAUUUUUGACAUUUAGAAGCCAAUUUUGUUCUGCUUUGUCAUAGUAAAAUCCUCACAUCUGACUUGCUACAUUUUCAAAUAGUGAGUUUUUAAUAUAGCAAAGUCCCUAUACAAGAGACAAAGUCACAAAAUCCCCAUUUUUCAAUUAAUGUCUAACACCAUUCCAUGUGAGAGUCUCUUGCAACAUUAUAAUGUUGUUUUUCACACACUGAAAGUUGGGCCCUGGAUAUUUUGCCACAUUAAACAGUUAUAUUUGAAUUGGUCUGAAGAUUCAGUAAGCCAUGUCAAUAUGACAGCUGCCCAAUCAAACAAAUGGAUCUGCCUAAAGAGAUAGAUGUAGCAUCUUUUAAUUGAAUUUGCUAACUAAUUUUUAAAGUUUCCUAAUGUCAAUAUUAGCAAAACUACAAAAUCAUUUUGGAAGAGAAUUUGGAAACUGAUUCCAGAGAACAGAAUCUAGUUAGCCAAGGUUAGUGGGUCUCACAAAGCCUUCUGCCCAGCAAAUGUUUGAGGGAGACAGAAGGCCCCUAGAAACAGCUGAAGGACCCUCCCCCCCCAUCCCUCUUGAUAAGUGCAUCCUGCUCUCUUUAGAGCAGGAGAGAUGACACUUGUUAAAACUGUGUGUCCAAUUAGAUGCUGCAAAGGAUACCAGACUUUAGGCCCCACUUACUUAAAGGACUUUGGAGGGAGUUGUUUUCUGGCAACUGCCAGGAAGGAAGUCUGCUUCUGUCAUGGGCUAGUAAGUUUCAGCUGCUUGGAUCCACUCCCUUGCCUCAGAGCUUGUUGUUAGGAGUUGCUGCCUGAUACGAUGACACCAAGGAUAAGAGCAGGAAAUGCUGUCUGAAUAACCCUGGUUCCAUAUAGAAUCCAAUGUAAUUUCUGUUCCUUUAUUAGAUUGGAGAAUAUUUUGUAAGUUGCUUUGAGAUCAUUUUGGGACUAUGAAGCAGGAUAUACAUAUUCUACAUAAUACAAAAAGUCUUGUGACCUGUCUUGUGUUUCUAAUAUAGCAAGUAUUCGAAUAUAAAACGUGUGUACAAAUCUAUUUUAAAUUUUACUGGGCAGUAUGCAGGACUUGCUCAGCUCUUCGUCUUCAUUGAAAUCUUGAAGAAAAUGUGCCGCAAAUGCCGUAGGACCAGAAACCAGAAAACAAUAGGUGUUUCCAUGUGUUACUAUUGCUGCGCUUUUGGCAUCAACAUUUUCAAAGGACUAAUUCAUAGCUCCAUGUGUGAGAGUAACAGUUCACAAACAAAAAUAUUGUCAAGUCAUGUUAGCAGCUGUAUUAACUACAGUUUCCCCCCUU